UUUGUGUAUUGUGUGUUAUUACUGGUAUUGAGCAUCCUCUGGUGCAGCAGCAGCCCUCCCCCUCCUCUCCAGCAGAAUGCCCGACAUGCAAACGGAAGCAGGCGCUACCAUUUUGAAACACAGCACCGCCUAGCGCCAUGGACAAGAGCAACACAGUGAAGCUCUUCGUGGGCAACCUGGCGUUGGACACCACCCAGGAGGAGCUGUCGGCCAUCUUUGAACCGUACGGCCAGGUGGUCAGCUGCAGCGUACUGCGACAGUUCGCCUUCGUCCACCUGCAGGGCGAGGGCUCCGCCGACAGAGCCAUCCGGGAGCUCAAUGGCCGGGAGUUUCGCGGACGCAAUUUGGUUGUGGAGGAGUCGAGAGGACGGCCGUUACACUCCACCAAGGUGUUUGUGGGUAAUCUGAGCGGGAUGUGCACCACGGAGGAUCUCCAGCAGCUGUUCCAGACGUUUGGAAAAGUUCUGGAGUGUGAUAAAGUUAAAGCCAGGCAUUCCUCUUCCGCAGGCUAUGCCUUUGUCCACAUGGAAAACAAGGAAGACGCGCUCCAGGCCAUCGAGGCCCUGCACGGCACCUCGUUUAAGGGCCGCCCGCUGUCCGUGGAGCUGUCCAAGGUCCAGCCCAGCAAGCAGGCCCCGACAGGAAAGAUCCCCUGUGUGAACUGUGGGAAGCAGGGCCACUAUGCUGGAGAGUGUCCCGUGGGGAAGCCCUCUCUGGAGCAGUACCAGAGUCAGGCGGCCGUCCUGGCUGCCGCCGCUGCUGCCGCCGCCGGCCUGCCUCUGCAGGUCCAGCAGAGCGUGCACAAUUCAGUCUACAACACCUCCACCUUUGACCCCACAUACGCUGCUCUCACUGGGAUCACCACUGGCACACGCACCGAUGGAAACCCAGUGAACCCAGCUGUGUACGGGGCCCUCGCCAGCCAGGUGUAUGGUGCCAAUGUCGCCAGUCAGCUUUAUGGACAGGUGGCCAAUCAGGCAGCUCUACAAUCAGGCGCCACCCAAAUGUACAGCUCCAUGAAUCCCAACAUCUACGGCCAGAUGACAGCGAGUCCUGCGGCUGUUGCUGCUGCCGCCGCCGGUUACUCACCUCAAGUUUACACCCCCAGCAUGGCCAACUCCCACGUCUAUCUGACUGCUGCUCAUGGAUUAGAUAUGUCCUCAGCGGGCGGGGUCAACCCCGGCUACACUGUAUCUCCAGCAAUUUACGGUGGCGCUGGGCAAGCCUACGCUCACAUCAGCGCCCUACAGGACCCAACAGCCAUCUUUGAGGCAGCCAGGCAGGCACACUACUUCGCCCAGGGCCAGCAGGUGAUGGCCGACCAGCAGCAGGUGGCAGCCGCCGCGGCUGCUGCAGCAGCAAAGGGAGAGCGGGAUCGCAGUCCGCUACGGAGGUCUCUGCUACCAGACCCUGUGAUGAAGCCGUUCAUUUACCAGAGAGCCAAGCCGCGGCGACCCCUCCUCCCCACGCCCGCUGGCCGAGCGGCAGAAGAGGCAGCCGAGGCUGCAGAGGACCCCAUGGCCAGGUACUAUGCCGAGUACUACCAGCAGUUGCAGCAGUAUCCUCAGUUCCAGUACGCCUACCCUCCGCCGGGCGCCAUGGCCGCCCUCCAAAGCAUGCAGGGGAUGCAGGGCAUGCAGGCGAUGCAGGCGAUGCAGGGCAUGCAGGGCAUACAGGGGAUGCAGGGGAUGCAGGGGAUGCAGGGGAUGUCGGGGAUGUCGGGGAUGUCGGGGAUGCCUGGCGUCACGGCGAUGUCGGCCCAGUCGGUGGCUGCGCUGGAGUCCCUCAGGCCAGUGGUCCCCUCAGCUUCGGCAAUGGCAGCCGCCAUGGCUGCGCCAAGGGUGUAUGAGCCGCCGUUGCCGCCGCCCACGCGCAAGGAGGCCAUCCUCCGCCGCCCCGAACUCUCCCUUCACACGCCUGAGCCCCCCUUCCGAUAGUCGCACACAACUCUCUGCCCUCACCCCUCCCUCUUUGCCCCGAACCCUCUUCCUGCUCCCCAAACUUGGCCACCUUACAGCAGCUGUAUGUGUGUGAGUGUGUGUGUGUGAGUCUGGGAGAUUAAGUGUGUGGGGUGGGCUUUGAAACUGGGGGCUCCUGGGUUUAUUAACCUGCUUUACGAGGGACUAACCUUGGUCCUGUUUGCAUACACACAGUGCAGCCAUGAAAGGGAGGCUCUCCUCUUUGGUACGGGCAUUCUUUGUGCGUCUCCGUUUUACUUUUUUAUCGUGCCAGUCUCACACUUGUGCCAGUAUCAGACUGACCCAGUCGGUCGUUUCAUAUGCCUUUAUUUCCGCAACCCAGUUAUGAUUUUUCUAUGGCCAAAUCUACGAUAAAAUACAUUUUUAUCAGCCAUCCUCCUGCGGCCUAGAUGAUCAGUCAGGGCAGCUAAUUUGAAACCUUUUUUGCCUUAUGUUGGAGAGUUUAUAAAUUGUAAUGCAGAUGGGGAGUCAGUGAAACACAUAUUGUGUUCUGGUUGCAUUGCAUUGUGUCCAAGAGAACCAAGGUUGACGUGUUAUGCGGGGAAGGGGUGUUUGUCUUGAAUGUGAUGUGGAUGUGGUGUGAAAGAGAGAUUGGUGCGGGCUCCUGACCUUGCAGCGCACAAACGCAGCAGCUUAGACUGCGCCUUGCAGUAAAAACAAAGUAAAGCACACAUAAUACGUACUGUAAUGUAUGUUUGGAUCUCUCCUCGACCCCUUUUCCCCCACCUGUGCUCUAACUACCACACUGGAAGACACUGCCUCACCUCUCUCUAACUACAGCUGCCUACCUCUCACAAUGAAUUUCAGUGCAGUCUAUUAUAUUCCACACUUUUCACCCAGUCAGCAUUUUUACUUCCUGCUCCACGAUAAAGGCACAGGGUCAGCAGAUAAGGGAGGGCGGGACUUUUGUAGAUAUUCAGUUUUGAGUCCUCCUACGUGUCCAGAGGCCUUUUUUUAAAUACAUAGUGUAUGUUUUUGUGUAGUUUUACAUGUUUUUAAGUCAACAUGGGGUGUAAUGAAUUGUAAAUGGAAAAAACACCUGACUUCUGAAUGAGCUGUUUACAAAGGAUCUCUUCUGAUAGGAAUCAUGAUAUGUGACAAGCUCACUUAUGUGCCUAUAAGCUUUGAGUGCAUUAAAUGGAGGGAUCUCUUAUUUUUUAAGUGCUUUUUAAUCAUUUCAUGGGGGGGGG